UAUAAAAUAACGUAGUUGUCAAUACGCCAGAACAGUUUGAUGUUAUUUUGCAAGGUGCUGGUAGUUUAUUUCGGUUUGCGGUAGUUUCGAUUGAAAGACCACAAUACGAUGAGAUUUUAUAUACUAGCGUGCCUAUGGCUUACAACAUUAUCAGCGGCGGCACAGAGGUUUAUAGAACCGGCGAGUGAUUUAGGGCGAAUUCAAAAUCGUAUAAUUUCGGGUAGCCCUGCAUCGCUAGGACAAUUUCCAUGGCAAGUGAUAUUAAAAAAUGAUGCCGAGGAAGAUUUACUUUGUGGCGGCUCGAUUAUAGCAACAAAUUGGGUACUGACCGCAGCACAUUGUACUUAUGGCAAAACUUCUGUAUUUCUUAUGUUCGGCACAGUAAUAUUUAAUAAUCCCAAUGCACUGAAUAUGACUUCAACACAAUUGUAUAUACAUCCAAACUUUAAUAUCAAGACUUUGAACUAUGAUGUAUCACUAAUUCAACUACCAGCACCACUAUCAUUUACCACUUAUAUUCAACCAAUACAGCUGGUUACGAAUGAAUAUGCAAAUGUCAGUUUUAUUGGACGAGUGGCUAUCAUUGCUGGCUUUGGUUUAACCGAUGAUGAUUACUUAGAAUCCUCUGAUGUAUUAUUAUAUGCAUUUGCUGAUAUUAUUAAUAACAAUCAGUGCGCGGAUGUAUUUGGUACGGAUGUGGUUAUAAGUUCUACAUUAUGUGCUAGAGGUGAAAAUGGUAGUGACAUGUCGAUUUGUAGUGGUGAUUCUGGUGGACCAUUAAUAACAAAAGAUUUAAGUGGUACAUGGAUGCAAAUUGGCAUAAAUUCAUUUGUUGCGGAAGAUAUGUGCACUAUGAAAUACCCGUCGGGUUAUGCACGCUUAACGUCAUUCCUAGAUUAUAUAUCACAAGUCACGGGUAUUGCUUUUAAUGGAUAAUUGUUUGGAUUGAUUGCAAUAAAUUAUGUUUACG